AUGGAAGAAACAGAUAAAAACAAUAUUACAACUACAGAAAAUUCAAUAAAAAAUGAAGAGUUACCAUCAUCAUCAACACCACCACCCCCACCACCCCUACCACCCCAAUCAACAAUUGUAACAAAAUCAAAAGUUAAAGAAGAACCACUUAAAAUUAUAUUACCAGAAAAUUUUAAAUUUGGAGAAGCAGAAAAAAGUUUUAGUAUUAUCCCAGGAAAACCAAUUACAUAUGUACCAUUUAUUUUUACAUUUAAAAAUCAAAAUUCAAAAUUAAAAUAUAGUAAAGCAAUUAUAUCUUCAAAAUGGAUGAUAGAUGGUGAAAAUAUUGAAAAGUUGUUACAUUAUUCAAAUAAUUCAUCAGCGCCAACUAUUUCAUUUACACCAAAAAAAGAACAUUCAGGUAAAGAAUUAAUAUUUGAAAUUAAAAUAUCACCAUUAAUUUUUGAACAACAUGAAAAUAAAUCAAAUAAUAUAUUUUCAAAAUUAUUUAAUAAAUCAUCAUCAUCAUCAUCAACAUCAUCUAAUAAUAGUAAUAAUAAUGAUAAUGAAAUACCAAUAAUAAUUGAAUAUAAACAUAAAAUUUUAUUUGAAAAGAGUAGAGAAUUAUUAAAAAUAAAUGAACCAUUAAAUAAUAAUAAUAAUAAUAUUAAUAAUCAAUAUAGAAUUAUACAAUAUAAUAUAUUAGCAGAUUGUUAUGUUUCAGAUAGUUGGUAUACUCACUCAGCAAGUUAUUCAUUACGUUGGAAUUCUUAUAGAAGUUACUUGUUAAUUGAACAGAUAUUACAAUAUAAAGCAGAUAUAGUUGGUACACAAGAAGUUGAUAGAUUAUAUUGGCAAUUAUUUAAAGAGAUGAAUGUACGUGGCGGUUAUGACUAUUACCCAUCCUAUGCUAAUGAUUCCAAUGAAUCACCACAAACUACAAUGGGUGGUUUUAAUAAUAGUUAUCGUGAAGGUUGUUUCAUAUUUUUCAAAAAGGAUAGAUUCAACUUAUUACAAGGUUUGGAAAUUGAUUAUACAAAAUUAAAUAGACCCGAUCAAAAACUAUUGAAAAAGGAAUUGGUUGAAAUUUUAAUUCAAGAUCCAAUUUAUAAAUCAUGUAUAACUCAUUUCCUUGAACAUUCAUCACAUCAUGUUCAUCAUGCAUUGGUGUUACUACAGGAUAAACAAACUAAACAAAAGAUGAUAGUCGUUUCAAAACAUAUGUAUUGGGGCUCUCAAGGUUAUAAUUAUCAUAUUCAAUGUGUUCAAAUUCAUUUGUUCACAAUGAUUUUAUCAAAUUUCAUUCAAGUAAAUAAAUUAGAAAAUAAUAUUCCAAUCGUGGUUUGUGGUGAUUUUAAUAGUUCCCCUGAUGAUAGUUGUUAUAAUUUUAUGACCAAGGGUUUAAUGAUGAAUGAUGAUCAUCAUUUAACAUUGGCUGGUAAAUAUCCACCGGCUUUUAAUUCUUCUCAAUUUGAUAAUCAUCCAGAAAUUAAAUCAAUUAAACAUGAUUUUAAUUUUUUAAGUUCUUAUAGUUUAAGACCAGAUGGUGAACCAAAAUUUACAAUUGUUUCAAGAGCAUUUACAGGCAAUAUUGAUCAAAUAUUUGUCUCAAAAGAUAGAUUUAAAGUUAACAAUGUUUUAGAAAUUGGUGAAAAACAAGAUUAUAAGAUGCUACCAUCCCUAACAUUGGCGUCCGACCACAUUUUAUUAAUGACUGAUUUAGAAUUACUACCAUCAUCUUAA